AUCCCUAACUCAACAUGUUGAUGAAGAUCAACGAAGGCCCGGUGACUCGCAGCUUCCAACGGAAGGCUCGCCUUCGAAACCCUCCGAGACUAGUCGAGUGCCCCGGCAAUUUCCCCGCAACUGCUCCCACAGGGCAAGAUUACACCCGUACCCUGCUAGUACAGUACCAAUCGUCCCCGACUUCGAACCUAACUUAGCACCGAGCUCGGCUUGCUACUCCUGCUAUCAAACAUCAGCAUCCGCAACGAACAGGAAAUUCCAACACCAAAAUGGCGAGCUACGAAGGUAAGUUUAACCCCCCCCGCCCCACUGGUGCCUCACCAACCAACCCGUCCGCACAGACGAACACAACGUCGAGCCCCUAAGCACCCGCCCCCCCCGCUCCCAUAUCGACUUCUCAGAAUUCUUCUCCGCCCUCCCCACCACCACUACCGCCUCCACCACAACUGCCUUCAACGAACCUGCAACUCCAAAUCUCUUCACGACCCUCGCCGCCGCCUACCAAUCCAGCACAGACUCUAGUCCAACCACCACCCUCGCCCUAAUCGUCACGCAACUUCUCUCCGCUGCUACGUCGCACGAACCAGUAGACGCCGUCCCGGACGAGUUCCUUGACACGUUGGACCGCGUUCCGAAGAGUAAGCUCAAGGCGGGGGAUGAGUGUCCGAUUUGUGGCGAGCGGUUUCUAGACGAUGAGUUCCCGCUUGUAGUCCGGUUGGGGUGUCAAGGAAGGCACCUUUUUGAUUUGGAGUGCAUCGCGCCGUGGUUGAAGAUUCGGAGUACUUGCCCCAUGGAUCGGGAGGGGUUGGUUAAGAAGAGGAAAGUGGCUGUCAAUGAAGGGGAAUGGGAGGAGGAGUUUGAUGAGAACUAUGGGUAAGCGGUAGCAGAAGGGCGGGGAAGUGUAGCAUUCAGAUUUAGGAUGUUAUUUAUUAGUGGGGGGGUAAUACUAGAUGAUAGGUGAUUUGACGUUCUUGUGAAGAAUUGGAUUCUCGAGUGUCAGUAUAUCAUUAGCCCGAGGAUGGAGUUUCAAAAUGUACCUGCAUAUCACAAGUUGGCUAUUAGCGGCAGCUGCUCUAGACCUCUAAUAUCGGCGAAGGAAGUGGUACCUCACUGACGAGAAUGACCCCAUUGCCACAAGGUCCUUCAGACCAUAGCGUUAUCUAUAGCAAGCGAGGUACAGUAAGGUGACGAAUGUCA